AUGCCAGCCGCCGCCGCCGCCGGCGCCAGCAUGUCCGCGAAAGAGAGACCCAAGAGCAAAGUGACCACCAAGGAAAGCGUCACUCUCCUGCCUUGCUUUUAUUUUGUCGAGCUGCCCAUACUGGCAUCUUCUGUUGUGAGCCUCUAUUUCCUUGAGCUUACUGAUGUCUUCAAGCCUGUUCACUCUGGAUUCAGCUGCUAUGACAGGAGUCUGAGUAUGCCAUACAUUGAACCUUCACAGGAGGCUGUUCCUUUUUUGAUGUUGCUCAGUUUGGCUUUUGCUGCACCUGCAAUUACGAUCAUGGUGGGUGAAGGCAUUCUCUACUGCUGCCUUUCAAAACGCCGGAACGGAAUCGGAGCUGAGGCCAAUAUCAAUGCAGGUGGCUGCAACUUCAACUCUUUCCUUAGGAGAGCCGUCCGAUUUGUUGGUGUCCAUGUUUUUGGCCUUUGUGCCACUGCUCUCAUCACUGAUAUUAUACAGCUGUCCACUGGGUAUCAAACGCCAUAUUUCCUGACUGUAUGCAAGCCUAACUAUACAUCCCUCAAUGUAUCCUGCUCAGAAAAUUCUUACAUUGUGGAGGAUAUUUGCUCAGGAUCUGAUCCCAUGGUCAUCAAUGAUGGAAGAAAGUCAUUCCCUUCUCAACAUGCCACCCUGGCCGCUUUUGCAGCUGUGUACGUUUCGAUGUACUUCAAUUCUACAUUAACUGACUCCUCUAAGCUCCUGAAACCACUUCUAGUAUUCGCAUUUAUCAUCUGUGGGAUUAUUUGUGGACUGACCCGCAUCACUCAGUACAAAAACCAUCCAGUUGAUGUUUAUUGUGGAUUUUUAAUUGGAGGUGGAAUUGCCCUUUACUUGGGCUUUUACGCUGUGGGAAACUUCCUGCCAAGCGAAGACAAUAUGUUUCAUCCGAACCCCCAACGAGAACCAAUAAGGUCGUUGACUGACCUGAGUCAAGAUGCCAAUAGAAUUUUACCAGGGAAGAAUGGUAACAGCAAUGAUGCCAUUUCCACGCACCACGCUGAGAGUAUCUUGACCAGGAACCACAGAGACACUGGCUCCCUAACUAACCUCAAAAGAGCAAAUGCUGACGUGGAGAUUAUAACGCCACGAAGUCCGAUGGGAAAGGAGAACAUGGUCACCUUCAGCAACACAUUGCCCAGAGCCAACACGCCUGCAAUGGAAGAAUCAGCUCGACGGAAUGCAACAAUCCAUGCAUCCAUGGAUUCUGCCCGCUCAAAGCAGCUGCUCUCCCAGUGGAAGAACAAAAACGAAAGUCGGAAGUUGUCCUUGCAGGUGAUAGAGACGGAUUCUGGACAGUCCCCUCCGAGGGCCAUUGAAAUGAGGUCAAGCUCUGAGCCAUCCAGAGUGGGCGUUAAUGGAGAUCACCAUGGCCCUAGCAACCAGUACCUGAAGCUUCAGCCUGGUAGCAUGCCAGGCUGUAACAGCGUCGGCCUUUCUGGCGGGCCGAGGGUUUCUAUUCAGUCACGCCCAGGUUCUUCGCAGCUGGUGCAUAUUCCUGAAGAGACCCAGGAAAACGUGAAUACAUCUCCAAAAACUAGCUCAGCUCGCGCCAAGUGGCUGAAAGCUGCUGAGAAGACUGUUGGAUGCAGAAGCAACAGCCAGCCAAGGAUCAUGCAGGUCAUAGCUAUGUCAAAGCAACAAGGCGUCCUUCAGGGCAGCCCAAAGAGCUCUGAUGGCAGCACGGUCACCUGUACCGGAGCGAUCCGAUACAAAACCUUGACAGACCACGAGCCGAGUGGCAUUGUAAGAGUGGAGGCCCACCCAGAAAACAACAGGCCCAUCAUUCAGAUGCCAUCGGAAGGGGAAGGGAGUGGCUCAUGGAAAUGGAAAGCACCCGAGAAAGGAAGCCUUCGUCAAACCUACGAGCUCAACGAUCUUAACAGAGACUCUGAGAGCUGUGAAUCUUUGAAAGACAGUUACGGAUCGGGGGACAGAAAAAGAAGUAACCUCGAUAGCAGCGAGCACCACCAUCAUGGGAUAACCACGAUCAGGGUCACCCCAGUAGAAGGCAGCGAGAUUGGCUCAGAGACCCUGUCCAUUUCGUCCAGCCGCGACUCAACACUUCGGAGAAAAGGUAACAUCAUUUUAAUCCCUGAGAGGGGCAGCAGCCCGGAGAACACCAGGAACAUCUUCUAUAAAGGAACAUCUCCUACAAGAGCUUACAAAGAGUGAGGGCUGGUGCAUCAGCUGAGCCACGCCACUAACUAUCAAUACCGUUUGGUACAAUCUUUGUGCUCUCUUUUUUUAUUUUUUGAGCUGAUGCCGAAAUAUUCUUGAUGUGCCAAAAUAUCGACCAUCAGCCUGACCGUUUAUGGAUGUUGCUGAUGUGUAGUGAUUGUGCAUGAAUUUGUGGAUUUCAUGUUGCGGGGGGGGUGUGGAAAGCACAAUGCAAGAACCUAAUGAAUGGGAUGUUUCCUAUAACGGGGUUGGGUUUUUUUCCCCCAGACUCAAAGGGGGAACGAUUGUCAACAAAACAGCAAUCAUAAAUAUAGACACCUUAUUUCCUGAAUGUGCCAACUUUUUUGAUUUAUAUAUGUCCAAGAACCAAUGGAAGGUGAUUGAUUUUUUUAAAAAAAAAAAAAAAAGCAAAAGCUGUACCAGUGUUGUACUUCACCUUUGCGGGUUUUGCACCAAAAUUUAAUACAAGUCGGUGCUGAUUCUAACUUUACAUUUUUAGAAAAAUUACAUACCUGUUCCUCUCUACAGACACAUGGCAUUUUGAUGUGUAACUCCUUUCCGAGUAAAAUUGCUGAAAAUAUGAUGCUGGCUGCAUUCAUUUAGAGUAGAAAAAUAUUGCAGCUUUGUUAUAGUGGAAUUUUCACAUUAAAAGAUUGCAAAGGUUUUGUGUAGUUCUUUGAAAUGUUUACUGGAGACAAAAUGAAACAAAAUGUGGAUGAUAUUCCACAUUCUCUCUCCUGGUUAGUUUUUUUUCCCCCUUCUCUCCAAACUUUGUUUAGUUACCGGUGCUACAAACACAGAGGUCGCUUCUUAGUGAGCUAACUUGGGACUAGUUUAAGUAUUGUGUUGUUGUUGUUUUUUAAUAGGGAUCUCUUACAGCACUAAUUCAACACAUUCUUAGUUUUUGUAAACAGUUUCUCAAUUUGUCUCGUUGCUGACCUUUCCUUUUUUUAAAAUUCAACAUUGUUAAACUAGUGCUUCACAUUGAUAAUUGCAUCUGUGUUGUAAAGGCUGGUAAAACAUUCAGCAGAGAUGGAGGCUGAAAUAAAACAAUAGGAGUGCAUUCACUGAGUGUUCAAAUUACCGCAUCCCACCCCAGAUGAGUUUUUGCCAUCUUUCAUACUCAAAGCAAGGUGAUAUUAAGCAGGCACAAUAUUUUUCUCUUACCUUCCUGCAUCACUGUGGAAUUUCUACCUUCCUCUGAGUGCUUCAUAUCCCACAUG